AGGCACACUCCUCUUCAACUAACUUCACCCUUGAAUACUUGCCAAAAUCUCUCCGUUAAUUUUCUUGUUCUUAGUUCUCUACCAACCAUUUUCCACAAUGGCAAAAAUUAGGCUUUUCUCUGUUUUCUUUCUCAUUGCUCUAAUUUUUUGCCAAGAAGUUGUAGAUGUAGAAGGAAGGCAUUUGAGGAGAAAGUCAUGCAGGAAAUGCUCGAAACAUCACGAGAACACAUUAAGCGCAUCAAAGGGUGGCACGCACACUACUGAAGGCUCCGGACAAGAGAAAAUGAGCAAGACGGAAUAUGUUGAUGAUUUUCGACCCACAUCACCAGGGCACAGUCCUGGCGUCGGUCACUCCAUCAAUAAUUGAGUUUCUAUUCGUGUAUCAUUUUUCUAAGCUAGUAUUAAACUUCUAGUUAUCGAUGUUCUUUGUGCAUUUACAAUGCAACUGAGGAGCAAGUAAUGUGUUGUGUAUCAAACUUAUUCUUAAUGUAAACGUUUAGUUCCUUUAUAAGUGCAGCUGUUGGCCCCUUGUACUCCUUUAUAUUCAUAUAAAUACUAUUUUGGGCU